AUCUAUAUAUGCCCAUCGUUUGUAGGGUUAGGGCCUUAAGCAGCAGCUUCGAGGUUUAUACUUCAAACUUAGCGGCAGCAGAUUUUUCUUUGUCUUCGCCUCAAUCUCUCUGGAAACCCUCGCCGCAGUUGGAAUAACCUCUCAGCCAAUAUGGGGAAGACACGUGGAAUGGGAGCUGGACGCAAGUUGAGGACCCACAGGAGGAGGCAACGGUGGGCCGAUAAGGCAUACAAAAAAUCCAACCUUGGAAAUGAAUGGAAGAAGCCAUUUGCUGGUUCUUCCCAUGCCAAAGGCAUUGUCCUUGAGAAGAUAGGUAUUGAAGCUAAGCAGCCGAACUCUGCUAUUAGGAAGUGUGCUAGAGUUCAAUUGAUCAAGAAUGGGAAGAAGAUUGCGGCAUUCGUCCCAAAUGAUGGUUGCUUAAACUACAUUGAAGAGAAUGAUGAGGUGUUGAUUGCCGGAUUUGGACGAAAGGGUCAUGCUGUGGGUGAUAUUCCUGGUGUUAGGUUCAAGGUUGUGAAGGUCUCGGGUGUUUCACUGUUGGCACUUUUCAAAGAGAAGAAAGAGAAGCCUCGAUCAUAAAUUUUGAGGGAGAGGUCUCAUCGUCUUCUGUUAGUUCUAUUUAGAAUAAACUAUAGAGAUUUUUAUUGCUAUGUAGUUAUUUGGUCAACCUGUUCACUUUAUCUUAAUUAAUAUUUUGUGCUUUUGUACUGA